AUGGCUCCCGAGUUCACCGAUCCCCGCAUGACCUCGAUUAAACCUCGCAUUCGCUACAAUACUAUUGGAGGCGUGAAUGGACCAUUGGUUAUCUUGGAUAAUGUCAAAUUUCCGCGAUAUAAUGAGAUUGUCUCUUUGACAUUGCCCGAUGGAACGGAGAGGUCUGGUCAGGUUCUUGAGGCGAGGGGUAACAGAGCUGUUGUUCAGGUUUUCGAAGGCACACCCGGUAUCGAUGUGAAGAGGACAAAAGUCGAAUUCACAGGACACAGCUUGAAACUCGGCGUCUCCGAAGAUAUGCUGGGCCGAGUCUUUGACGGAUCGGGUCGAGCAAUCGACAAGGGCCCCAAAGUAUUGGCCGAGGAUUACCUCGAUAUCAACGGAAGUCCCAUCAACCCUUACUCUCGAGUCUACCCCGAAGAAAUGAUUUCCACCGGUAUCUCUGCUAUCGACACCAUGAACUCUAUUGCUCGAGGACAAAAGAUCCCCAUCUUCUCGGCGUCUGGUUUGCCUCAUAAUGAGAUUGCGGCUCAAAUUUGUCGUCAGGCUGGUUUGGUUAAACCUACCAAGGAUGUGCACGAUGGUCAUGAGGAUAACUUUUCCAUUGUUUUCGCGGCUAUGGGUGUUAACAUGGAGACUGCUCGGUUCUUUACGCGGGACUUUGAGGAGAAUGGUAGUAUGGAGCGUGUUACGUUGUUCCUCAACUUGGCCAAUGAUCCUACGAUUGAACGUAUCAUUACCCCCCGUCUGGCAUUGACAACGGCUGAAUACUACGCAUACCAACUCGAGAAGCACGUCUUGGUCAUCUUGACUGAUCUGUCAGCCUACUGUGAUGCUCUUCGUGAAGUCUCUGCUGCUCGAGAAGAAGUGCCCGGAAGACGUGGUUACCCCGGUUACAUGUACACUGACUUGUCGACCAUCUAUGAGCGUGCCGGUCGUGUCGAGGGUCGUAAUGGAUCUAUUACUCAAAUCCCCAUUUUGACCAUGCCCAACGACGACAUUACUCACCCCAUUCCUGAUCUGACGGGUUAUAUCACCGAGGGACAGAUCUUUAUUGACCGUCAAUUGGACAACAGAGGUGUCUAUCCUCCUAUCAACGUCCUGCCGUCGCUCUCACGUUUGAUGAAGUCCGCUAUUGGUGAAGGUCGUACCCGAAAGGAUCACGGCGAUGUCUCCAACCAACUGUAUGCCAAAUACGCCAUUGGUCGAGAUGCCGCUGCCAUGAAAGCGGUCGUCGGUGAAGAAGCCCUCUCAGCCGAAGACAAACUCUCCCUCGAAUUCCUCGAAAAAUUCGAACGAUCCUUCAUCUCCCAAUCCCCCUACGAAUCCCGCUCAAUCCAUGAAUCGCUCGACAUAGCCUGGAACUUGCUCCGUAUCUAUCCCAAGGAUCUCCUCAAUCGUAUCCCCAAGAAAGUCCUUGAUGAAUUUUAUGCUCGUUCUGGUAAGGCUGGUCGGAAGACUGGUAGUGGUGGAAAUAAGGAUACAAGGGAUAGUUCGGAGCCGCAGCAGCAGCAGAGUACGGCUGCGACUGAGAGUUUGAUCUAG